UAAAAAUUACGUUCUUGGAAGGAGGAUGUGAAGCACUUGUUUUGUAUCAUGCAAAACCAUAUCUACCUAUAGUUAUUUCAUGGACCCUGUAACUUUCUGCUGUUACCAAAAUAUGAUUUCUGCAAAUUAGAGGCUCGAAUGCUGCACAGUGAGAACGAGGGCAAGUUAAGCGCUCUCUUUACCUAUUGGCAGUUAUUCCGACUACGCUGUCUUAUUGGACAGAUUUGCGUGCAGCACUGAAUCCCCACCGAUGGCUAUAAAUACCUAUUUUGAACGAACAUUCACCAUUCUUUGAUCAACUGUCGUAUCAAAAGAAAUCGUACAAGAUGUCUGGACGUGGUAAAGGAGGAAAGGCAAGAGCAAAGGGGAAGAGCAGAUCAUCCCGUGCUGGACUUCAGUUCCCAGUGGGCAGAAUCCACCGUCUGCUCCGCAAGGGUAACUACGCCCAGCGUGUUGGAGCCGGUGCCCCAGUGUACCUGGCUGCCGUCCUCGAGUAUCUGGCCGCUGAGGUCCUCGAGUUGGCGGGAAAUGCUGCCCGUGACAACAAGAAAUCCAGAAUUGUCCCCCGUCACCUGCAGUUGGCUGUCCGCAACGACGAGGAGUUGAACAAAUUGCUGGGAGGUGUCACCAUUGCCCAAGGUGGUGUUCUGCCAAACAUCCAGGCUGUCCUUCUGCCCAAGAAGAGCAAGGCAGCUGCCAAGUAAAUCACUUCUAGUUUACACCUCAAAACGGCCCUUUUCAGGGCCACUCACAAAUUCCUGGAAAAGCUAUACCAAAAAUGAAUGAAGAGUAAAAAGAUUAAUAUGCAAUAAUGGCCAUGAAUAGGAACAGUUAUAAAACAAAGGGUAGAAGACAUGUUCCCUUAAUAAUUAAUAGUGGUCAGAUUGUUUUUAACAACACAAUAGUUACAGAAUCUGUCAAUUUAAACUAGUAUUUACAUGUAGCAUUAUUCCAUGCUCAUACCAUCACUACAC